AUGGGAAAAGACGUCACCCACCGUGUUCCUACGAAGCGCCAGCAAUCAAGAGAUGCAGCAAGCGAGCCGGCAAAAAAGCCUCGGGUUUCUACUGGUUCUGGGAGCCACAAAAGCUCAGAGAAGGCAAAGAGGCAAGCCGAGCCAUCCGAUCGAGAAGUGGCUCGGCAGGAAAAGUUGCUGAAGGCAGCAGCGGCGGCGUCUUCUGUGCCACCGAAAGACCAGGAGAAUAAGAAGAAGCCGAAGAAGGAAAGCAAGGGAGAGAUAGAAGCCCAAGACCAGAAGCCAAGAAAAGAGGAUAAGAAAGACAAAGAGAAGAAGGAGAGCAGGGAAAAGAAGGCAGGCACGACGCAGCAGGAGAAGGAAAUCAAAGAGAAGAAGGAGGGCAGAGAGAGCAGAGAUGCAAAAGACAAGAAGGACAAGCAAGACCCCGCGCCAGCGAAGGCGAAGGGACCUGAACCGGGCCCAGGCCAGAGAGCACAGCAACAGAAGAAGGAAAGCAAAGACCACAAGGGAAAGAAAGACCAGCAGGAAAGCAAAGACCAAAAGGAAAGCAAAGACCAGAAGGAAAGCAAAGACCAGAAGGAAAGCAAAGACCAGAAGGAAAGCAAAGACCAGAAGGAAAGCAAAGACCAGAAGGAAAGCAAAGACCAGAAGGAAAGCAAAGACAAGAAAGAAGCCAAAGACAAGAAGGAAGCCAAAGACAAGAAAGAAGCCAAAGACAAGAAGGAAGCCAAAGACAAGAAGGAAGCCAAAGACAAGAAGGAAGCCAAAGACAAGAAGGAAGCCAAAGACAAGAAAACCCGCGUGUCCGAGGAGGUGGGUGCAGUUUCCUUUCCGCAGAGCGUGGACGGAGAAUCCGAGAAUGAUUUUGAUCAAGUGGCGCUCAUCGAGGCACAGAUAGCAGCCGAGGAACUUGCUGCAUGCUCCCCAAUGGCUUCAGAAGGUUCCGCGGAUUUCGGUGACCAGGAUGAUGAUGAUGAUGAUGGACAGGAGGAAUCGGAGGGAGCAGGGGAGCCGGAGGCAUCUCCGAAUGCCGCUGAAUGUGAAGCCGAAGCCGAGGAGGAAAUCCUGCCGUCGCAAGAGUGCCACCUGAAUGAAGAAGACAUGCCAAGCGGUUCCUCAUCUGAGGAAGAGUCCGAGAAUACCGACGGGGAGCCCUUGUCUGGAGAUGAUGACGAACCGACCCCCGACCCAACUUCCUUGGUGGAGGCCACGCAGAAGGAGGAGGAAGCAGUGCGGAACAGCUCCCCAGAUGAAAUAUCGUUUGAUGUCUUGUGCAACUUGAAACUAUAG